ACAGGAGACGGAGUAUUACAUCAUCAGCCCUGCCUAUUCAUGUCAUGAAUUAGUGAUUAUUUCCAUCCUUCAAUAAAGACAAUCGUAGCUUUCCAUUUCUACUAGAAAGGAGUGCGUACUCAUUUCUGUGAGUCGAGGAGCCCGUGUUGCAGUGAUAAUGUCCUUUAUCCCGGGGCAGCCGGUGACGGCGGUGGUGCAACGCAUUGAAAUCUGCAAGCUUCGCCAAGGUGACAACCUGAUCCUGGGUUUCAGCAUAGGAGGAGGAAUAGAUCAAGACCCAGGACAGAACCCCUUUUCUGAGGAUAAAACCGACAAAGGCAUCUAUGUCACACGAGUGACCAAAGGAGGCCCGGCAGAAGUCGCCGGACUCGUGAUUGGGGACAAAAUAAUGCAGGUCAAUGGCUGGGAUAUGACCAUGGUGACACACGACCAGGCAAGGAAGAGACUCACUAAGAAAAACGAGGACGUGGUCCGGCUUCUGGUUACCCGGAAGUCGCUCGAGGACGCCGUCAGGAAUGCAAUGGUGUAGUAGCUCGGAGGCACAGCUGAAAUCCUGAAGUGAGCAGAGGAAGAUCUCGGAAGUCAAGCUGUCGGUCGAACAUUCCUGCUUCCUCUCAGUACAACCGUGUCUUCAGCCUGACUGCAGCCCUUCAUUGUUUGUUAUACUCUUAAUUAGAAUUUAAUUUGCAAUGUAACUUUCACACGAAUAAUCAUUUGGUCACAUAUUGGUCAUUUUUGCUCAGCUCAAUUGUAAUUCUCUUUCUGUGUGUGACAUUUUUGAAUGCUCAUGAAAAAUCAAAAACUGGUAAAAAAAAAUAUCGGUUGGCGUCGCAAUUCCAGUCCUCUCGGGACACUGGGUCUGCUGGUGUCUGAUCAAGCCGGGCGCAGAGUUUCAAUCAUUCAUCCACCUUCGGUCUGCUUUUCCUGGUAAUAAUACCAGUUAUUAAAUGAUCCAACAAAAAUGGUGUUUAGGCAUUUUUUGUAUUAAACAGGAUGUUGUUGCUUAAAUGAUAAAUUCCUACUAAUUCUUUUAUAUAUUCAAGGUCUAAAGCCUGAGUCAUCAAUCAGUCUAAAUAAUGAGCAUUGAUUUGGGUGAAAGGGGAUUUAAUCUUUACUAUCAAGUGCCCGGUUUGCUCAGGUGACCAGUUGGUUGUUAGUCCUUGUGCUUUUCCUGUUGAUAGAUCUGCUUUACAUUAUUCAUCAUUUGGAUUUUUAUUGAAACAGUUUCUUUUUUACUGAAUUCAGCACAAAGAUGUCCGAUAUGUUUUGUACGUUUAUUUUUGACUGUUGAAUCUCAGCAAAGUGCCAUUAGUGAUACAAAAUUUGGUGCUUUGGGUUGGUCUUUUCUACAAUUUCACAAUUACCUUUUAUAUUUUUCUAAAUAUACAUGUACCAAAGAGCGUGGUAUAUUCUUUUUUUUAAAAAUAGAUAUAUAAACACAUUUGUGCACUAAAUUAGAUAUAAAAGUGUGAAUUUUUUAAUGUUGGAGUAAGUGUGUAUGAGUAUCGCUGUUUGUUUGAUUUGUGAAACUCUCAGCUUACGUCAGUGAAUCCGCUUUGUUCGGUGCAGCGGCCAUUCCCAGACCGGCCCCUAGGUGGCUCCCGCGGACCACGCGACGCCGGCCCACUGCGCAGGAUGACCGCAGCAGUGCCAUUUCCUUCGCUUAGGCAGAAUUUCUUGUGCAGCCGCGUUAGUGUUGAGUCAGUAGUUUUCUCGCUUUACAAGGAGCAUCAGUGAUGUUUGUUGAAAUGAUACACUGGAAUACUGUGGUCCAAGGUUGAUAGAUCAGAAAAAUAAAGUUGAUUUUAAAUUCACCAAA